CGGCUAUGCAGGGAGGGUGGAAGCAAAAUUGAUAUCAAAUAAGGGUAUCAAACUGAGAUCUGAAUGUUCCGUUUAAGUUGUUGCUCAUUUUCAUUAGCCAUGCCAGGGGUGAAAGCUUAUGACUUAAACAUCCUCAGUAGUAAGAACAUUUAUUUUUGAUGGAUUUAUAUUCCUCUUCUUCAUAAAGGCUGAAUUAGUGUUGUAGUGGCUAUAAAUGAAGGGGUUUCUUUAUCCUCUUCUCAUUUUAUUAUUUACUAAUCAGACUUCGGCUCAGAUAGAUAAAAGAGAGAGGUUCUGUUGCCUAGAUGUGAGGCCUUUAAUGAGGAUGGGAAGCCCCAGGGAGCCGAAAUCUGAAGUAGAACGGUGCUGCUUUCGGGUUUCUUGUCAUUUCUUCAGUUGCUUCUCCUCCCUUUUCCAAUGGGCCUAGUGAGCGGGAACUAUCCAGGGUGCUAGAACGCUGGCAGCUUUGCCGUUCAAUGCAGACGGAUUGCAGAAACAGACAAGAAAGAUUACUGCUUAUUUCAGAAGAAUAUAAUCAAUGAGGCAACUUAGCCAGCCUGGGUGAUUGCUUCGAGUCUUGUAAUUAUCUGUGUAGCAAAGUGGGUAAAAUUAUUCAAUUUCUUCCCUGCUGGACCUAGAAGGAGAGGGGCUGUGUGUUCAUCCCCACCCAUUAGCUAUGCCUUCUUUUCUCUGAAUGUCGAUUUAAGGAAGCAAGCACCUGUCUUCUGCCACUGCAUCUUCCUAGCAAACUUUAAAGGCCAUUUUAUCUGAUAGGAAGAACAUCAAGAAUGCUCUGAUCUCUAGUGAUGAAGAAUCUGGGAGUGGACACUUUUCCCAUCCAGGUACAAUGCACUUUAAUUGAAGAAAAACUGAGCUGAACUACAAGUCUAUUUCUUAUGGUGCUGGAUUACUCCUACAGAACUGCCCUGAGAUCAGCCGCGAGAGAGGGCUCUGACAGACACAAGUCACCUUCUGAAUAUUGCACUUAGCUGUCCCUGGGGACUUAAAUUUUGGAAGUGUUCCUUUUCACAUGAAAUCCUCCAGGAUGAUGAGUUCUAAUCCUGAGGAAGACCCUCUGGACACAUUUCUCCAGUAUAUUGAGGAUAUGGGGAUGAAGGCCUACGACGGAUUGGUUAUUCAGAAUGCAUCGGACAUUGCGCGAGAAAAUGAUCGCUUGAGAAAUGAAACAAACCUGGCCUACUUGAAGGAAAAGAAUGAAAAACGCCGAAGACAAGAAGAAGCAAUAAAACGCAUAGGUGGAGAAGUAGGGCGAGGCCACGAAGGAACUUACGUGGGCAAACACUUCCGCAUGGGAUUCAUGACGAUGCCCGCUCCUCAGGACAGGCUGCCCCAUCCUUGCUCCAGUGGCUUCUCUGUGAGGUCGCAGUCGCUGCACUCGGUCGGGGGCACAGACGAUGACAGCAGCUGUAGCUCCCGGAGACAACCACCCCCCAAGCCCAAGAGGGACCCCAGCACCAAGCUGAGCACGUCGUCCGAGACCGUCAACAGCACGGCGGCCAGUAAGAGCGGGAAAGGCCCCGAGCGGAACGAAGUGCCAGCCAAGCCGAGACCCCACAGUGAUGAAUAUUCAAAGAAGAUUCCUCCUCCAAAACCAAAACGGAAUCCAAACACUCAGCUCAGCACAUCUUUUGACGAAACGUAUGUCAAGAAGCACGUGCCCCGGAGGACCUCACUCCCUCGGGACCCCUCCCUCUCCCAGGUCAGCAGCCCCUCAGGGGGCCCCGAGGAGGAGGAACCCGUGUAUAUUGAGAUGGUGGGGAACAUUCUCAGAGACUUCCGGAAAGACGACGACGACCAGAGUGAGGCCGUCUACGAAGAAAUGAAAUACCCCAUUUUUGACGACUUAGGCCAAGACUCAAAGUGUGACCUUGACCAUCACAGUUGUUCUUCGCAGUGUGCUACUCCCACGGUGCCUGACUUGGACUCGGCCAAGUCCUCAGUGCCAUGUACCCCGAAGGGUUUGCUCUGUGACAUUCCUCCGCCCUUUCCCAACCUGCUUUCUCAUAGACCCCCGCUGCUGGUGUUCCCCCCGGCCCCUGUGCAGUGCUCCCCCAACUCUGAUGAGUCUCCGCUCACCCCCCUGGAGGUCACAAAGCUUCCUGUGUUGGAAAACGUGUCUUAUAUGAAACAGCAAGCCGGGGCGUCACCAUCCUCCUUGCCGUCCCAGGCCUCCGGCCACCCUAAACUGGAGAAAGACCAGGCCGGAGCCCUGGGACCCGUUCCUGCUGCCUCGGUUCUCUCCUCGUCCCCUCCCCCGCCUUCCACUCUAUACCGAACGCAGUCUCCCCACGGCUACCCCAAAAGUCACUCCGCCUCUCCGUCACCCGUUAGCAUGGGCAGGUCCCUGACCCCGCUCAGCCUCAAAAGGCCCCCGCCCUACGAUGCCGUGCAUUCAGGCAGCCUCUCCAGGAGCUCUCCAUCAGUGCCUCAUUUGACCCCCAGACCGGUGUCGCAAGAUGGGAGCAAGAUGGUCAAUGCCUCGGUCAAUACCUACGGGUCGGCUCCGAGCGGUUCCCGGUCCAGAACACCCACGAGUCCUUUGGAGGAACUAACCAGCCUCUUUACCUCGGGACGCAGCCUGCUGAGGAAGUCGUCCAGCGGCCGCCGCCCUAAAGAACCUGCAGAAAAAUCAGCAGAGGAGCUGAAAGUUCGGAGCCACAGCACGGAACCAAUACCAAAGUUGGACAACAAAGAGAGAGGACAUCAUGGGGCAUCUUCCUCCAGAGAGCCUAUCAAAGCUCAGGAAUGGGAUGGAACACCUGGGCCACCUGUGGUCACCAGUAGACUGGGAAGAUGCUCUGUGAGCCCCACCUUGCUAGCAGGAAACCACAGCUCAGAACCGAAAGUAAGCUGCAAACUAGGCCGGUCUGCGUCCACAUCAGGUGUGCCCCCUCCAUCCGUUACUCCUCUCAGGCAAGCCAGUGACCUGCAACAGAGCCAGGUGGCAUGCAUGCAGUGGUUUCAUGGAGACCAUACAAUGCUUGAGAUGAUUGAGAAAAAACGUUGCUUGUGCAAGGAAAUAAAAGCUAGACAGAAAACGGAAAAGGGCCUUUGCAAACAGGAUAGCAUGCCUAUCCUACCCAGCUGGAAGAAGAAUGCGGGUACAAAGAAGUACAGCCCUCCACCCUAUUCUAAACAGCAAACGGUAUUCUGGGACACUGCCAUAUGACUGUGUGCAGGAUGGCGUGAGCUCCACAUUAUUUAGCACGAAGAGGGAGGUCGACUCGGUCAUGUGAUAAGUAACUGUUACAUAUCGUCUCAGUCAAAAUGGAAUGCCAGUGGUUCCCUGGAAAACCCAUGGGAAGCUGUGCCUAUUCGUGGCUAGUUCAAGAUAAAAUCCAUAUUUCCUUGCAUUUAAGGCACACUUAUUUAUCAUGGAUUAUUUUGAAUCCAGAAGAUAUUAAGAUGUAAAUAUUUUACUAGUUUAUGGAUGACACCUGAAAUAAUACACAUUAUACGUAUAUAAAUGAUAGAAAUAUCAAGAGUUUUACUAUAUGAUACAAUUUCUGUAUUAACUGGUUUGUUAUCUCUUUUAUAUGUCCCUUGAUGCCUUUGAUUAUUAAUUUUUGAUUUAAAAUGUUUCUUUCUGCCCACCUUUGGUUUCUGUACACGAGCUCACAGAUAGGUUAUGUUCAAUCACACAAUAUAUGAUCUGGUGCUAGCAAUGUAGAAGUUGAAUAUCAUAUUCGUUAGGAACAUCUGUUGCUUUGUACGUUUUUAAGGGUUUGACAGGAAAUGAAUGCCAAUGUGAUGCUGAAUUUGGGCGUCCACAUUACACCAACACCAAUAUUUUUGCUACAUUGGCUUUAUAAGAAUUUCUCUCCAGUAUCAUCUUGUUUAUACUAAGCAAUGGUUAGUCAGACUCCAGAGAAAGUUAAUAGGAUAUAUUUGGACAUCCCAGCAGAAAACAUUUCCUUCAGAAAUGACUUUAGGGACACAUGUCCUUGUAUCAUUGAUUUGAUUGGAGGAGACCAGGGUUCACUGUGAUAAUGGAAGGAACAAGGAAUCAAAGGUUAAACAGCACAACUGCUUUCAAGAGGGUGGGACCAGUGGCAUUAGAGCCACUGCUACUAUUUUUGAGUAACUUUUCAUGUGUAUGUUUGUUUCCCCUAGAAAAUGACCAAUAUACAUUCAACCAGAUGAGUUUACAUGUUUUAGUAUACUAAAAUGCCAAUCUUUCUCAAAAUUUAGGUUCACAAAUGGAGUAGUAUUUCAUGUUAAUUUUUCAAAUUAGUUAUUACCAUAUUUUGGGGGUGUAAUCUUCUGUGCAAGUUCAUCAUACCCAUUCUUACUGAUGAUGACACCAUGACCAAAGAAUUAUGACCAAUUGUUUAUUUUAUUUUGUUUCAAGGAAGAAACAGGAAAUGCAGGGGAUGGGAGAUGGGGUGGAUUCAAUUUUAUGCGGUGGUAAAAUUUAAGUUAAAUAAAUCAUAUAUAUCUUUCAAGAGUAACUUGUUAGUUGACUAUAAAUAUCCCCACGGAUGAAUAAAAAGGAAACUAUUACAUAUAUUUUGUAUAUUUAAAUUACUAUUUAUGCUUCCUAAAAUGGACAGUAUGUGAUUCUUCUUUAACAAUCAAUUUAGUAUUAUAUUUCUGAGAGAAAAGGUACGUGUUUGAAGUUAUUGUCAUCGUGGUUUUCCUUGUAAGUGUUUUGACAGCAAUAGUACAAUGCUGCUCAAUAUAACCAAAUAUAACAGGAGGUAGGGAAUUUUUGUAAUCUAUAUUGCUAAGGAGCUAGUAAUGCUUUAGCAGUAAUAGUUUCUUUCGAGCCUUUGAAAUGUUAUAAAAUAAUUUUUUAAUAUUUUAUAAUUAAUGUAUAUUUUGAUGUCCUACUAGAAUUCUGAAAGAAUAAGGAAAAUAAGGUAAGUGGGAGCAUGUAUCUCUGUUAUGUGUGCCUGUGUACACGUGAAUGAGUACUCA